AUGGCGACCGCGGCGAUCCAACAUGUCUCUGAUGAGACUCUCCUCAAAGACCCUGUCUCCGUCGAGCCCAUCACAUCCUCAAUCGUCGAUAAGUCCGCCGCCAAUGGCGACGCUGAGACUGAGGUUCCAAUGACCGCAGCCCAAAAGAAGAAGGCUAAGAAGAACGCCAAGAAGAAGGAAAAGAAGGCCGCCGCCAAGGCCGACGAGAAUGGCAACGACUCCGCGGACGUCUCAUCCUCGCAAGAGGUCGAGCCCACUGAGUCGAUUGCGGAGACCGCCAAGACAAAGGAAUCCGAGCCUGUCGCUGAAUCCGAGCCUGUCGCUGAGGCUGAGAAGCCCACCGAAGAGGCUGUCUCCGAGAAGCAACCCGAGCCCACCACUGAAGAAUCUGCCGAGCCUACUAAAGAGACGCCUACAUCCAUCGAGGCCGAGUCAGAACCCAUCACAGAAGCCCCCAGGCAAUUGCCGAGCGCGUCGCGGAGGAGUCUCAAGUCCGCUGAAGCUACCAAGGAGUCUGUGGAAAAGACAACAGAGCCUGCUGCUGAGAACUCGCCUGAGGCUGUGACAGAGACGGUCGAGACCCCCGCCGAGCAGCUCGCCACAGAGUCUACAACUGAAGGAUCCAAGCCUGAGGAAGUAACCCCGGAGAUUACUGAGGCAGCUCUAGUCGAAGAGACUCCUGCCGACGAGUCCGUCAAGGAGACUGCCAAGGAACCUGCCGUGGAGACUGUCUCCGAGUCCAAGGAAGAAGUUCCCGCUGAAAUCCCUGCUAUUGAGGAGCCCAAAAUUUCCAAGGAGACUGCCGAGGAACAGCCCGCCAUCGGGGAGUCAACCGAAGCUCCUAGCACUGAGCAACUCGUUGAGGAAGCUCCUGUCCUGGAGACUGUCACCGAAGAGGCCUCCCCCAAGCCCACUGAGGAGACGACUAUCGCUGCCCCGGCUGAAGACAAGUUCGAGACUGCCCAGAAGACCGAAGAGUCUAUUCCUGUUGAGAUCAAUGAAGAAGUUGCGGAACCUAGCACCGAGACCACUACCGCCGAAGACGCCGUUGCUGAGCAGACUAUCGAACAGCCUGCCGUUGCCGAACCAGAGCAGGAAACUACCACGAUUGAGCCCGAAGCUAUUCCUGAGGCAGCCGAGCCUACUCCCGCCCCCGAGAUUGAGGACUCAAAGGUCGAGGAGACUCCCGCAGUUGUUUCCGAGCCCGUUGAGCCCCCUACUACCGGAGAGGCUGCUGUUGUUGAGCCUACUAAAGAGCAGUCUACCGAGGAGGCUAGUGAAGCGCCGAAGGCCGAGGAGUCCAUCGAAGAAUCCGCGCCUCAGAGUACCGAGGAAUCCGCCGUGGCCGAAUAUGCAUCCGAGAAGACCGUUGACCCCGCUGCUGAGACCACAGCCGUGGAAGCUCCUGCCGUUGAAGCUCCCGAUGAAGAGCCUACCGAGAAGCCUGCCACUGAGUCUCACGUUGAGGCCAUUGCGGAGACAGAGAUCAAGGAUUCUGCUGAGGAACCUGCACAGCAGAUUGCGGCCGAGCAGACUGAGUCUAUCCCCGCUGAUAACUCUACCACCGAGGAGCCUACCAAGGAAUCAGCUAUUGAAGCGGCCAAGGAGACUGUGACUAAGCCCGUUGCUGAGCCUGUCGCUGAGCCUGUCGCUGAGCCUGUCGCUGAGCCUGUCGCUGAGCCUGUCGCUGAGCCUGUCGCUGAGCCUGUCGCUGAGCCUGUCGCUGAGCCUGUCGCUGAGCCUGUCGCUGAGCCUGUCGCUGAGCCUGUCGCUGAGCCUGUCGCUGAGCCUGUCGCUGAGCCUGUCGCUGAGCCUAUCGCUGAGCCUACUAUGGAGUCUAUUGCUGAGCCUGUCGCUGAACCUGUCGCUGAGCCUAUUGUGGAGUCUAUUGAGGAGUCUAUUGCUGAGCCCACCGAGCCCGUCACUGAGCCCGUUGUAGAGCCUACUGCAGAGCCUACCGCAGAGCCUGUCGCUGAGCCUGUCGCUGAGCCUGUCGCUGAGCCUAUUGCUGAGCCUAUUGCUGAGCCUGUUGCUGAGCCUGUUGCUGAGCCUGUUGCUGAGCCUGUUGUUGAGCCUAUUGCUGAGCCUGUUGCUGAGCCCGUUGCUGAUCCCGUUGCUGAUCCCGUUGCUGAGCCCGUUGCUGAGCCCGUUGCUGAGCCCGUUGCUGAGCCCGUUGCUGAGCCCGUUGCUGAGCCCGUUGCUGAGCCCGUUGCUGAGCCGGUCGCCGAGCCGGUCGCCGAAGAAGCCUCUAAGGAGGACCAGACCGCUGCUGAGGAAUCUACCAAGGAAGCAGUCCUUGAAUCUCCCGUUGAGCCCAUCACGGAGACUGCCGCCGAACCCGCUGUUGCAGAAGCCCUCACCCAGGAGCCUGAGGUCCCCAAGGCCGAGGAACAGAAUGUUGGGGAGACUAUCGCCGAGCCCGAGGCUUCUACCGCUGUUGAGGCUACUCCUAAACAGGAGACUAAGGCUGCCGAGGAGCCUGUUGCAGACGCCACCGCGGUUGAGGAGGCUAAGGAUGAACCCGCCGCGAUCGAAGAGCCCGCAGCUGAGCUCUCUGCAGCUGGACAGAAGGAGACUGUCGAUACUCCUGCCGUUGAGGAAUCCGUCACAGAGCAAGAUGCUUCUGAAAUUCCCGCUGGCGAGGAGAAGUCCGAGGUCCCCAGCGAGGCAGAAGCUUCCAAGGAGGAGGUCACUGAAGUGCCUGUUGUCGAAAAGCCUGCUCACGAGGAAAUUGCUAAGACUGUCACUGAAGAGCCUGUCGAGAUCUCUGCUGUCCAAGAAGAAUCCAAGGAGGUUGCCGCCGAGGAGCCCACAGUGGCCGAGCCCGUUGUUGCCGCGGCUCCCGUUGCCGAAGAAGCCACCAUUACUGAGGCUCCUGUCGCUGAGGCUCCUGUUGCUGAGAUCGAUGCCACUCAUGAGGCUGUUAUAGAGGAGCCCGUCAAGGAAGAGCCAAUCGUCGAGGAGCCUGUUCAACAGGAUCCCGUCGUUGAGGAAAGCGUUAAGGAUGUUGUUGAGGAGACCCCCGCUCCUACUAUCACUCAUGACGCUGUUGUUGAGGAGACCUUUAAGGGAGAGCCCGUCCUCGAGAAGCCCGUUCUGGAGACUGUUGAGGAGCCAAUUGUCGAGAAUACAACCAAGGAUGAGCCUGUGAUUGAUGAGCCAGUCGUCGAGGAGGAUGUCAAGCAGGAGUCCAUUCCGGCUGUUGAGGAACAAAGCUCUACUGAAGCUGUGGAGCCCGAAAUUACCCCUGCUGCUGAGCCAUCUGUGCCAGUGGAGGAGACGCAUGUGCAACACCAGGAAGUCCCUACCCCGACAGAAGAAGAGCCAGUUGCUGAGGCCCCUGUGACUGCACAGGAGCCUGAAAAACAGGAAGAGCCUGUGCAGGCCGAGGAAGUUCCAGCCACUAAAGAUGAGGAGAACAUCGCCAUCGCCGAGGAGACUCCUGCUCAGUCCGAGGCUCCUGUUGAGGAGUACUCCGCUUUCCGAGAGCUGACGCACGCCCCCAAGGAAGAGACUACGGAACCCGCCAAGGACAGCGAUAUCGCCGCCGAGGUGAUUGGCGCUGGAGCUGCCGCUGCCGUGGCCGGGGUCGCCGCCGUCGGUGUCGCCUCUGCGCUGCACCAGGAGUCCAAACCUACUCCAGCCCCUGAAGCCGAGCAGAAGUCGAUCAUCGCCGAGACUAAGGACGAGCCUACGAAGGCCCAGACUGAGACUGAAGCCCCAGAAGAGUCGCAGCCCGAUAACAGUAAGCUGCAACCCUACGCUGCCUCGACCAACAACGGGUCGGUCCCAUCGUUCGAAGCUGAUCUGGUUCUCACAGCUCUUGCUGUUGAUCGUGAAGCUCUUCUCAGCAAGCUAAACCAACCCUCGACCGAUCAGCUGGCCAGCAUGACCAGUGAACAACCCCAGACUUCCGCUCCCGCCAAGCAGCCCCAGGUCGAAACCGAGGAGGAGCCCACUCAGAAGUCUAUCGAGACUCCUGCCCAGCUCGCUCCGGAAACCGCCGCUGCCAACGACGCUAAUGAGGAGGAUGCUCGUCCCACGAGCCAGAACCGGUCAGUGACUGCUGUUUCUUUGAAUAGCGCACCUGACAACUGGCUCAAGGCGUUCCUGCGCACUAUGUUUGUGGGAUUCUUUGGAACUAUCUUUGCGCCCUUCCGCCGUCGUGGCAAGGACCGCAAGUAA